AUGAAGGCUGGCUGGCUUCCAAAGGUGGUGAAGAGCUCGACUAAGGCGUUAGUCGAUCAAGGUACCUUCGAGGACAAGGAGGCUGAUGAACAGCUGUCCAAAGCGGCCGGGAGGAGGAGGACAGUUCAGGUUUCUUGCAUCUCGUGCAGGCUGAGCAAGGUGAAAUGCGAAGGCAACCUCCCUUGCAGGAGGUGCAUCUAUCGAGGGAUUGCAGACUCCUGCUAUCAUGCUCGUGGAAGGGUCCGCGAACGAGACCCAGAACUGGAACAGGCUGAAAGGUGGGCGAACGAAGAUCCUGAAACCAUCGAGAGGCCAAUCAGGUAUGCUCGAGACCCUUUUGUUUAUCGUCCGAGGCUCGACGCCGAUUCCAUCGAGGCUCCCACGCUCUUGCGCAGUCUUUGCUUCGACUUUGGAGUGAGUGAGAAGAAAGCAGAAGACAUCUUCAAAGUUAUGCCUCCUCGCCUCAAGAACAUCAUCUGGACUGGGUUUACCGCAUUGGAACAGCUCAAACAGCUGGAAGCUAUGAAGCUGGCGCAGGUCAACCCUCCCCCCGUCCUCCCACCUGGACCCAGCCAGCUGAUCGGCCUCAAAAGCUGGCAUCACUCAGCACGAUGCGGUUACCGUACCAUCGCAGUGGAUCCUGUGACGGAGCGAUGGAUGACGUGCGAUGUCAACCAGUGGUUGGCUGACCUCGCCGGGGUCCAUCGAGAAGAGCUGUGCAAUCGCAUCGCGAACCAAGACAUGGUAAUGCCCUCCUCCGAGCUACGACAGCUCUGUGCUCACCUUACAGCGAUCUUCGACCAAAUGGACGUCAAGUCCAAGCACGGGUUUCAGGACGGCACCAAGACGUACUGGUACUGCCGUUGGGGCAAGAACUUCUUGAGAGAGCCAGAGGGGGAGGGCGUGAUAGUUCGCUCCUGCUUCACUGUCAACGUCAACGAGCUGGGAAAAUUUAGUGGGGGGACACACACGAUGGUGGUCGUCACUGAGGACGAGUACGACCGGGUCGCAGAGAAGAGCCCCGACGAGUGUGAAGCCCUGGCUGCUGCUGUCGUGGGACGAAAGUCUGCCAGAGAGCUCAUUUCCAAAGACCUGAUGCGAGACGAGAAGAUCGAGGUCAUGGCAGAGACUGAGUUCGGCUGCAGGCAGCUGGACAGACUGGCAGAAAUCCUUGAGAAGAAGUUUGCGCCUGUUAUCGCCAUCGCGAACCAGAUAUUGCCGUUGCCCCCGAGCGCCGCCUGUACUGCAUUUUCAAGUUGGGGCAGUGACGACGGUGUCUAG